AAGUGCGUUAAUGAUUACAGCGGCCCUGCGUUUCAGAGUUCUCCCCUAGAAGCCUCAGUGUGUCCGAGUCUGAGUCUGAGUCUGAGUGAACAGCCAUGUCGGGACAGCGGGUGUGCGUGUCGGACUUCGAGGAGGAAGCGAGGAGAGUUCUUCCCAAAGCUGUGUAUGACUACUACCGCUCAGGGGCCGACGAGCAGAACACGCUGGCUGACAAUGUAGCUGCCUUUAAAAGGUGGUACCUCAUCCCUCGAGUGCUGAGGGACGUGUCCACAGUGGAUCUGUCCGUGUCUGUGCUCGGCCAGAAGCUCAGCAUGCCCAUCUGUGUUGCAGCUACAGCAAUGCAAAGGAUGUCUCAUCCCGAGGGGGAGACGGCUACAGCGAGAGGUAAACACCAGUGGGAACUUCACAUUAAAAAAAAAAAAAAGUUGAGCGGCAACUUCGAUUAUUAGACAAUGUCGGCCUCUAGUGGCCGUUUGGGAAACUCCUUUUUUUCGCAUUGGCACAUUUUUCAGCUCUGGAGGUUG